AUGACUAUUGAUAUGUAUCUUUCCUUCGCUUCUCGUUCUGGAUCUUCUCCAUUUCCAAGUCUCGAGCUUUGUCUCAGCAUUUUCCUCUUCAUCUCCCUUUUCGUUUUCUGGUUGACUCCAGGUGGCUUUGCUUGGGCACUCUACAAAGCUCGUUUCCAUACCCGACCUGAGUCCAAAACCGGACCUGCCAUUCCCGGCCCGUCUGGUCUCCCCAUCUUUGGCCUCCUCUUGGCUUUUGUCAACAACGCCUUAACACACAGAAUCCUCGCCAAUAUUGCUGACACUUGCAAAGCAAAAGCUCUCAUGGCGUUCUCCGUAGGGUCAACCCGGUUUGUUAUAACCAGCGAACCAGAGACCGCGAAAGAGCUUCUAAACAGCUCUGCUUUUGCAGACCGGCCAGUGAAAGAGUCUGCUUACGAGCUGCUCUUUGAUAGAGCCAUGGGGUUUGCUCCCUUUGGUGAUUACUGGAGAGAGUUGAGGAGAAUCUCUUCUACCCAUCUCUUCAGCCCUAAGAGGAUCUUCAGUUCUGGCGAGUCCCGCCGAAAAAUCGGGCAAAACAUGGUAGGAGAGAUCAAGAACGCAAUGGAGUGUUAUGGAGAAGUGCAUAUAAAAAAGAUCUUGCAUUUCGGAUCACUCAACAACGUGAUGUCUAGCGUUUUCGGUAAAACAUACAACUUCAACGAAGGUAUUGUCUACUCGAAAGAGAGCAAUGAGUUGGAGCAUUUGGUGUCUGAAGGCUAUGAGCUGCUCGGAAUCUUCAACUGGAGUGAUCAUUUCCCUGGAAUGAGAUGGUUAGAUUUACAAGGUGUGAGGAGAAGAUGUCGUAGUUUGGUCGGUAGAGUGAAUGUGUUCGUCGGUAAGAUAAUCAAUGACCACAAAUCAAAGAGGUCACUUCGUGAUAAUCCUGAAGAGAGCACUUAUGAUGAUGACUUUGUAGAUGUCUUACUUGGCAUGCACGGCAACAGCAAACUUUCUGACUCCGAUAUGAUCGCAGUCCUUUGGGAAAUGAUUUUUAGGGGAACAGACACGGUGGCGAUUCUCUUGGAAUGGAUCCUUGCGAGGAUGGUUCUUCACCCUGACAUUCAAGCCAAGGCGCAGGCCGAGAUCGAUUGUAUCGUGGGUGACUCGGGACGUCAAGUCACAGACUCAGACCUCCCCAAGCUCCCAUACGUUCGUGCCAUUGUCAAGGAAACCCUAAGGAUGCACCCACCUGGUCCUCUCCUCUCAUGGGCUCGUCUCUCCAUUCACGAUACUCAGAUCGGGACUCACUUUAUACCCGCAGGAACCACUGCGAUGGUUAACAUGUGGGCUAUAACCCACGAUGAAAAGGUCUGGCCGGAAGCUCAUGAGUAUAAACCAGAGAGGUUUCUUGGUGCGCAAGAAAGUAAUAACUUCCCCAUCAUGGGAUCUGAUCUGAGGCUUGCUCCCUUCGGUGCUGGACGUAGGGUCUGUCCCGGCAAGUCAAUGGGUCUAGCCACCGUGGAGCUAUGGCUAGCUCAGUUGCUAGGAAGCUAUAAGUGGGUCUCAUGUGGUGAAGUGGAUUUGAGUGAGACUUUGAAGCUAUCUUUGGAGAUGAAGAACACUCUUGUCUGCAAGGCAAUCCCUAGGGGUUAA